GUCCACUGUUAAUUGCAGAUAGCGGACACUUGUCAUUUACCAAUUAACUAUAAUUUUUCUAAUUGUCAAACCGUACUGUAUCAUUUUCAUUAAAGGACAGUCCAGCAGGAAGUGAUUAACUUUUUUCAGCACAUAGGGUAUUGGUAAAGGGAAAUAAGACAGGGAGAAAAGAAUGGAAUUUUCCAAUAUGAACUACACAUCUUGAGUUGAUGUCAGAUGUGGCACGAUGCGACUUAAACCAAGGAGAGUACUUUUAUUGGCAUUGAUAUUGUUCAUUUUUUACGUAUUGUACAAGAUUCUUGCGCCGGAGACCAGCAGCAAACACAUUCAAGUUGAUAAAUAUACAAACAAGCCUUCACUUACAGAGGCAAGGAAAAACGUUACACUCAAAAUUGAACAAAGUGAUGUGGUGAGAGAACUGAAAGCAACAUAUAGGCUAGAUUGGGAUCAUCAUCUCAAUGAAUCACCAUGGACAAUAGCACAGAAGUGGAUCUCAAAAGAACAUGUUCAUCCAGAGAACACACCCGAGUUAGGGGCUGUUUUGCGUGCCAUGGCAACAAGAAAGAUAAUAGCAGCAGAUGUUGGAUAUAGAGGGACACAACUCAAAAUGACCAUUUUACUGGAGGGAGGCCAGAGAGCUGUUUUCAAACCCAAAUGGUUUCCAAGAGAUCAUGUGAUUGAAGGACCGCCGUAUGCCGGGGAAGACCGCCACAAUGGAGAAAUUGUUGCUUUUCAUCUGGGCAGACUGUUUGAUUUCCGAAGAACACCUCUGGCAGUUGGACGUAUUGUGAAUUUGGAGACAGAAAUCAAACCAGUUGCCAAGCAACGGUUGCUAGAGACUUUUUUCAGGAGAGGAAAUAAUACAUGUUUCUAUGGAAAAUGUUAUUACUGUAAGGGAGAAGAGACAGGACUUUGUGGUAGUGGUGUACACAUGGAAGGGACUGUGGUACUAUGGUUACCAAAUACUGUGACACUGAAGCUGCACAAACACCCAUGGUCUAGAACUUACAGAAAAGGUGUAAUUGCACAAUGGGAGAAAGAUGAUAAUUAUUGUCACAAUACGGUACUGUUGAAACCCCAGUUCCAGGAUGGUCCCCGGCUGCUGGACAUAAUUGAUACGGCAGUGUUUGAUUACAUCAUUGGUAACGCAGACAGACACCAUUACGAAACAUUGGGAGAUGAACAGUCAGCAGUAAUGCUCAUCCUAGAUAAUGCUAAAAGUUUUGGUAAUCCACAUAAUGAUGAGAGAUCUAUACUGGCUCCAUUAUAUCAAUGCUGCAGGAUAAGAGAGUCGACCUGGUUGCGGUUACAUAUGUUUGGAGAUGGUAUGCUAAGUGACGUGCUAGAGGCAGUAUUGUCAGCUGAUCCUAUAGCCCCUGUGAUCUCACAGCAUCAUUUCCGUGCAAUGGAUCGGAGAUUAUCUACUGUAGUUAAUACAGUUAAAACUUGUUUGACUAAAUUUAGUGUUAAUGAAGUUCUAAUUAAAAAUAGAUAGCAAUUAGUUUAGUUAUCAGUUAGUUUUAGUCUUUUUAUGCAUACCACUGAGAUUAAAUUCAGAAAAUAUGAUACGUAAUAUAUGUUUUCUAGGGUAUGAAAAAUGUUCAUGCGAAAAAGAGAUUACAGAAGGUGUGUCAUAUAUAUCUGGUUUUUAGCUCACCUGAGCCAAAGACUCAUGGUGAGCUUUUGUGACCGCUCAAUGUCCGUCUUGCAUCGUGCAUCCGUCAACAUUUUGUAAAAAAAUCUUCUUCUUGAAAACCACUGGGCAGAAUUACACCAAACUUCAUAGGAUAGGAAUGAUCCUUGGGUGGCCACCUUUCAAAAUUGUUCAAAGAAUUGAAUUCCAUGCAGAACUCUGGUUGCCAACCAAAAGGAAAAACUUUAAAAAUUUUCUUGUCCAAAACUGCAAGGCAUAGAGCCGUAAUAUUUGGCAUGUGACAUCAUCUUAUGGAUCUAUGAAGACUGUUCAAAUUGUGUCCCUCGAGUGAAAUGAGGCCCCACCCAGGGGGUCCCAAGUUUUAUAUAGACUUAUGUAGGAAAAGUCUUUAAAAAUCUUCUCGUCUAAAACCACAAGACCUAGGCCUUUGAUAUUUGGUAUGUAGCAUUGCCUUGUGGUCCUCUACCAAGGUUGUUCAAAUUAUUACCCUGGGAUUAAAAGAGGCCCUGCCCCGGGGGUUCUGAAGUUUUACAUAGACUUAUAUGGGAAAAAACUUUAAAAAUCUUCUUAUCUGAAAUUGCAAGGCAUAGACUUAUGAUAUUUGGUAUAUUGCAUUGCCUAGUGGUCCUCUACCAAUUUUAUUCAUAUUAUGCCCCUGAGUUGAAAAGAGGCCCCACCCAGGGGGGUCCCAAGUUUUACACAGACUUAUAUAGGAAAAAAACUUUAAUAAUCUUCUGCCUGAAACUGCAAGUCAUAGGCUUUUGAUAUUUGGUAUGUUGCAUUGCCUAGUGUUCCUCUACCAAAAUUGUUCAAAGUAUGCCUCUGGGGUGAAAAGAGGUCCUGCCCUGGGGGUCCCAAGUUAAACAUAGACUUAAUGUAUAGGAAUUUUUUUUUGAAUCUUCUUGUCUGAAAGUUUAAGGCCUAGGCCUUUGGCAUUCGGUAUGUAGCAUUGCCUAGUGGAACUCGAACAAAACUGUUCAAAUUAUGCCCUGGGGUGAAAAGAGGCCCCACCCUGGGGGUCACUUGUUAAACAUACUUCAAAAAUUAUCAGACAUAUUUCCUAGACUGUAUAAUUUUAAUUACAUGAUGACCCAAAGUGAUUAGGGGUCACCUGACUGUGACCUUGACCUACUUUCCUGUUUUUUUAAGAUACAGCCUUGAAAUUUGGAUGACAUGUACAGUUUUGCACACCGAUCUUAAAACUGACUUUCAGUGACCAUAAAUAUGAGCUACUGACCUAUUUUCUUAAUAUUUAGCAUCAGUUUGACAUUUGAAACAUAUAGCUCAUAUUACUCAGGUGAGCGAUCCAGGGUUAUCAUGACCCUCUUGUUUAAAAUACCUGCUGAAAUUAAGGACAUUACAAACAUUCAAAAAUAAUUUCAAACAACUUUGUUCAUGUUACAGUCCAGUGCUUAAAUAUGUUCUUCCAGUUUUUACAUAUAAUGAUGCCAUUUACUUUUAGCUCACCUGAGACAAUGCUCAGGUGAGUUUUUCGAUCACUCGAUGUCCAGUGUCCGUCGUCUGUCUGUCUGUCGUCAGUCGUCCGUCAACAUUUAGCUUGUGUAUGCGAUAGAGGCUGUAUUUUUCAACUGAUCUUCUUGAAAUUUGGUCAGAAUGAUUACCUUGAAGAAAUCUAGGCCAAGUUCUGAAAUGGGUCAUCUGGUGUUAAAAACUAGGACACUAGGUCAAAUCAAAGAAAAACCUUGUGUAUGCGAUAGAGGCUGUAUUUUUCAGUUGAUCUUCAUGAAUUUCGGUCAGAAUGAUUGCCUUGAUGAAAUCUAGGCCGAAUUCGAAAAUGGGUCAUCUGGGGUCAAAAACUAGGUCACUAGGUCAAAUUAAGGAAAAACCUUGUGUAUGCGAUAGAGGCUGUAUUUUUCAAUCGAUCUUCAUGAAUAUUGGUCAGAAUGAUUAUGUUGAUGAAAUCUAGGCUGAGUUCGAAAAUGGGUUAUCUGGCUUCAAAAACUAGGUCACUAGGUCAAAUCAAAGAAAAGCCUUGUGUAUGCGAUAGAGGCUGUAUUUUUCAAUUGAUUUUCAUGAAACAUGGUCAGAAUGAUUGAUUGAUGAAAUCUAGAUAGAGUUUAAAUAUGGGUCAUCUGGGGUUAAGAAGUAGGUCACUAGGUCAAAUAAAAGAAAAACCUUGUGUAUGCGAUAGAGGCUGUAUUUUUCAGUUGAUCCUUAUGAAAUUUGGUCAGAAAGAUUGCCUUGAUGAAAUCUAGGUCAAGUUUAAAUAUGGGUCAUCUGGGAUCAAAAACUAGGUCACAUCAAGGAAAAACCUUGUGUAUGCAAUAGAGGCUGUAUUUUUCAAUUCAAUCUGACUGAAGUACUUGAUCUUCUAAACGAAGAUCUGAGAACGAUCCAUUCACAUACGUCUUCUGUAUAUUUUGGAUUUCCAGUAUUGCUUUUUUUAUUUUAACCAAUGAGACGACUUGUUAGAAUGUCAAAGAGUAAGAAAUUAUUCCAGGGCUCGAACCCGGGACCCCUCAAUUACUAAGCAAGUGGCCUACCGACUGAGCUAACCGGCUAUCUGACACAUUUCGACAUAAGAAUUGUAAAUAUCAAAAGUCAAGGCUACAGGUAGAUUUGCUAAAUUUUGUAAGUUAAGCUCUGAUUGGCUAGCGAAAGGGUCGUAGGAACGAGGCUAUGAAUAGGUCGUUAUUAGAUCCUAUGCGUAGCGUAAUAGGAGAUGUACUUUAGUCAGAUUGUUUUUCAAUUGAUCUUCAUGAAUAUUGGUCAGAAUGAUUACAUUGAUGAAAUCUAGGCCGAGUUCGAAAAUGGGUCAUCUGGGGUCAAAAACUAGGUCACUAGGUCAAAUCAAAGAAAAGCCUUGUGUAUGCGAGAGGCUGUAUUUUUCAAUUGAUUUUCAUGAAAUAUGGUCAGAAUGAUUGCCUUGAUGAAAUCUAGGUCAAGUUUAAAUAUGGGUCAUCUGGGGUCAAGAAGUAGGUCACUAGGUCAAAUCAAAGAAAGACCUUGUGUAUACGAUAGAGGCUGUAUUUUUCAAUAGAUCCUUAUGAAAUUUGGUCAGAUUGAUUGCCUUGAUGAAAUCUAGGUCAAGUUCAGAUAUUUGCAUCUGGGGUCAAAAACUAGGUCACUAGGUCAAAUCAAGGAAAAACCUUGUGUAUGCGAUAGAAGCUGUAUUUUUCAGUUGAUCUUCAUGAAAUUUGGUCAGAAUGAUUGCCUUGGUGAAAUCUAAGUCAAAUUUGAAUACGGGUCAUCUGGGAUCAAAAACUAGGUCACUAGGUCAUAUCAAAUAAAAUACUUGUUUAAACUCAAGAGACCACAUUUUUGGUCCAAUGCUAAUGAAAAUUGCCCAGAAUAUUUGUUUCCAUGAAAUUGCUAGGUCAAACAUGUUUAAACUCUUAUGGUGUUUCACAGGUGAGCGACCUAGGGUCAUCUUGGCCCUCUUGUUUAUUAUUAUUUUUGUUUGCUGUUGUUUGUUUAUUCUCUUUAAUAUUCAUAUAAUUAUGUGCGUGUCUGUCAGAUGGAUAAAUGGGAAGCUUUUAUUUGAUACAUUGAUACACUUUUUAUAUGAUUUUGUGAAAUCGUAAAUGUUUGUAUUCAUGUGUAUUGUUGUUGUUAACUGAAGGCCAUACUGAAAAUAAGUUAAACUUUAUGUUUCAUUUUCAUGUUAUGUACUCUUUGUAUGUUACCUUCAUUAAAUAAAGAUUUUAUUAUUAUUUGAA